GAACUCCGGUUGUCUGUCUACUCUUCAUGGUCACAUGUUCUGUGUUUCUUUUCAGUGGAUAUGCUGCUGAUGAAAUCACUCACUGCAUACGGCCUCAGGACAUCAAGGAGCGCCGAGCGGUCAUCAUCCUCAGGAAGACGAGAUUAGAUGCACCCCGGUUGGAAACAAAGUCCCUGAGCAGCUCCGUGUUACCACCCAGCUAUGCUUCAGAUCGCCUGUCAGGAAACAACAGGGACCCUGCUCUGAAACCCAAGCGGUCCCACCGCAAGGCAGACCCUGAUGCUGCCCACAGGCCACGGAUCCUGGAGAUGGACAAGGAAGAGAACCGGCGCUCAGUGCUGCUGCCCACACACCGGCGGAGGGGUAGCUUCAGCUCUGAGAACUACUGGCGCAAGUCCUACGAGUCCUCAGAGGACUGCUCCGAGGCGGCAGGCAGCCCUGCCCGAAAGGUGAAGAUGCGGCGGCACUGAGGUCUACCUGCCGCCCUCCUGGGAACUCUGGCUAAUCCUAUGUAGUUGCCCCUCCUUUUGUUUUGAGGGUUUUGUUUUUGUUUUGGGGGGGUUGUUUUAUUUUUUGAUUCUAUAUAUUUUUCCUUGGUUUUGUUGCCUGUUAAGGCUGAAGAAUAGAAUUGGCCAGGACCUAGGUUCUCAUAUUCUUGGUAUUCCUCCUGGAUGGAAAGGCUGUUGGCAUCUGUAGGGGACAGAGGCUGAUGCUAGAGUGGCCAGUAGAGGUGGUGGAGCAGAGCAGCCAUCUUUAAGUGAGGCUGUAUCAGGCUGGGUUUAUUUAAAAGCAUCGAAAUGUUUUGGUUAAGAAAAUUCUUUUGCUUUCAGUGUAAAUCUUCGCAGUGUUCUAAACAAAGUUCAGUCUUCUGCCCGCCCCUUUCCUCCACUGAUGUCUGCACUUGGUUGAGGUCUGGAGCCUUACGGGCUCUACAUUGCGCCUGCUGUUCUCCACUUCUCACCUGCCGUCUACACCCUGCAAGCUCAUGCAAACACCCUUUCUUCCUCCUGCGGCAGAGUUGUUCAGGUUGCCUGGGCAGGGGCUUAAACAGUGCCAGCCCCUGACAUCCCAAAGCUAUUUGUUAAGCCCCCCAGGCUUCCUCCACUCACACCCACUAGCCUGCUCUGUCCACAUUUCCUUGGGCUGCCGAGGGGCUAAUGCAGUGGUCCUGACCUCUCUUGUCAAGAGCACACUUCUUUGCUGGUUGCUCCUUUUGAGCAUAUAUGUGUGAUUAUUUGGAACAGUUAGACUUGCCACGUUGGGUCAGUUUUAGGAAUUGUUUCUAGCUAGAGGGACUGGUGUCCUUCCAAGUCUAGCAUUUGGGGUAUGGAAAAUUGUUGUGGUGUGUGGUAGGGUUUUUGUUUUGUUUUGAGUUCCCCUCCGCCCUUUGGUCUCCUGGCUUCUUCCUUUCCCUUUCCUUCUCCAUUGGCCAGCUUGGGCCUCCUCCUCAUGUCAUCCUUCUAGGAAGGCGCCUGCCUGCUCUGUCCGCCAGCAGCAUGCAUUUAAGGCCAGAGCUCAGGCCUGCAGACUGGGCUGGUGCCUCUUCCGCCUCAGGGCGUGGGAGUUGGUGAAGGGGCUUUCAAAAAACAAUAAUCAGAAAAAACGUAAAGUCUUUGGUAGUUUUUACCCACUCAGAUCCUGGAAGGCAGCAAGGUUUUGUGGAUCUAGAUUCAUUAGGAAUGUCUUCUUGUCAGCCAGGCCAGGACCCGGGCUUGCCAAGAGCAGAGGCCCUCCCAGCAGCCAGGCUACCACCACUUUGGGGCUUUGUGUACAGAGGUCCGGGCCUGAGACCUCAUAGGCUGCAGAAAUCUGGGGCAGCCACCAUCAAGAAGCCCCUCUCAGGGGCCAGAACUCCUUUGCCAGCGUGGAUUUCUCAAGUCGGGACUGCAUAAUUAAAGCAGUUGCAGUUUUAUUUUUUUUACAGCUUUUUUCCCAAAAAUGAUUUGUAGUCGUGUGUGCAGCACUUUGCCCUGAUAUGUGUGCUCUACAAUAAAAACCAAAUCUAAUAUAUUUUGAAA